UGGCGUUGAUGUCACCGCUGCGGCAGGAGCUGCCGCCGCCCCGGGCCGCAGCAGCCGCCCCUCCGCGCCCGGCGGAGCGCGGGUAGGCGGCGGGGGCCAUGCGGCUGCUGCCUCCGCCCGGUGCCCACCGGUGCCCGCGGGGUUGCGCUGUCUGCCGCGGCGGCCGGGCAUGGUGGUGCCUGAUGCGGGCGGUGCGUGCGUGAGCCACCCCUCAGCCCGCCGGGCCUGCUUUUGUCCGCGCUGGGAGCAUGUGGGUGAACCCCGAGGAGGUGCUGCUGGCGAACGCGCUAUGGGUGACGGAGCGGGCCAACCCUUAUUUCAUCCUGCAGAGGAGGAAGGGGCACGGCGGCGAUGGCGGCGGCGGGGGACUGGCGGGUCUCCUCGUCGGUACUCUUGAUGUUGUGUUGGACUCCAGUGCCAGAGUGGCACCAUAUCGAAUCCUCUACCAAACACCAGACUCCUUGGUCUACUGGACUAUUGCCUGUGGUUGCUCAAGGAAGGAAAUCACUGAGCACUGGGAAUGGCUCGAGCAGAAUUUGUUGCAAACUCUUUCAAUCUUUGAAAAUGAGAAUGACAUAAAUACAUUUGUCAGAGGAAAAAUACAGGGCAUCAUUGCUGAGUACAACAAAAUCAAUGGCAUCAAAGAGGAUGACGACACAGAAAAAUUCAAGGAAGCCAUAGUGAAAUUUCACAAGCUGUUUGGGAUGCCAGAAGAAGAGAAAUUAGUGAACUACUACUCCUGCAGUUACUGGAAGGGGAAGGUUCCCCGUCAGGGCUGGGUGUAUCUCAGCAUUAAUCACCUUUGCUUUUACUCUUUUUUCAUGGGCAGGGAAGCAAAGUUAGUUAUCCGUUGGGUUGAUAUCACUCAGCUUGAGAAGAAUGCUACACUGCUCUUCCCUGAUAUGAUCAAAGUGAGCACAAGAUCAAGUGAACAUUUCUUCUCAGUAUUCCUUAAUAUCAGUGAGACAUUUAAACUAAUGGAACAGCUUGCCAAUAUAGCUAUGCGACAGCUUUUGGACAAUGAAGGAUUUGAACAAGACAGGUCAUUACCCAAACUGAAAAAGAAAUCCCCAAAAAAAGUAUCUGCUCUAAAACGGGAUCUUGAUGCCAGAGCAAAGAGUGAGAGAUACCGUGCAUUGUUCCGACUUCCCAAGGAUGAGAAAUUAGAUGGACACACAGACUGUACUCUUUGGACUCCAUUCAACAAAAUGCAUAUUUUGGGUCAGAUGUUUGUUUCCACAAACUACAUUUGCUUUACUAGUAAAGAAGAGAACUUGUGCAGCCUUAUUAUCCCUCUUCGAGAGGUGACAAUAGUGGAAAAAGCAGACAGCUCCAGUGUGCUGCCCAGCCCACUGUCAAUCAGCACGAAAAACAGAAUGACAUUCCUUUUUGCCAACUUGAAAGAUAGAGAUUUUCUUGUACAGAGGAUCUCAGACUUUCUGCAACAAACCACUUCAAAAAUAUACUUGGAUAAAAAUAUUGCUGGAAGCUAUAUCAGCUCAGAUGAUGAGGUGUUUUCAAGAUCAAGUAGUUCAGUUUCUGCCAGCCCUCACAAAAGCCUGAGCUCUGAGUCAGAGGGAGAGCGACAAUUCAACCUCAAUGAUAAUGGCAUUCCAACAGCAACUCAAGCUUUAAUGACAAUGUAUCGACGCAGGUCACCUGAGGAGUUCAACCCUAAGCUGGCCAAGGAGUUCCUGAAGGAACAGGCCUGGAAGAUUCACUUUGCUGAAUAUGGUCAAGGGGUCUGUAUGUAUCGUACAGAGAAAACAAGAGACCUUGUACUAAAGGGCAUUCCAGAAAGCAUGAGAGGAGAACUUUGGCUGCUCUUUUCAGGAGCCAUUAAUGAAAUGGCCACUCAUCCUGGCUAUUAUGAGGAUCUAGUGGAGAAAUCAAUGGGAAAAUACAAUCUUGCUACAGAAGAGAUAGAGAGGGAUCUGCACCGUUCCCUUCCAGAACACCCUGCAUUCCAGAAUGAGAUGGGUAUUGCUGCUUUAAGGAGAGUCUUGACAGCUUAUGCCUUCAGAAAUCCAAACAUAGGAUAUUGUCAGGCUAUGAAUAUUGUCACUUCAGUGCUCCUUCUUUAUGCAAAAGAGGAGGAAGCUUUCUGGCUGCUGGUGGCUCUGUGUGAGCGUAUGCUGCCUGACUACUACAACACAAGAGUUGUUGGAGCAUUGGUGGAUCAGGGUGUCUUUGAAGAGCUGGCUCGUGACUACAUUCCACAGCUUUAUGACUGCAUGCAGGACUUGGGCGUAAUCUCCACCAUCUCCCUAUCCUGGUUCCUCACUCUUUUCCUCAGUGUAAUGCCAUUUGAAAGUGCAGUGGUAGUUGUGGAUUGUUUCUUCUGUGAAGGAAUAAAGGUGAUAUUUCAGUUAGCACUCGCUGUGCUCGAAGCUAAUGUAGACAAGCUGCUUAACUGUAAAGAUGAUGGAGAAGCCAUGACAGUCUUGGGAAGAUAUUUGGACAGCGUAACUAAUAAGGACAGCACUCUUCCUCCAAUUCCUCAUCUUCACUCCCUGCUCAGUGAUGAUGUAGAGCCUUAUCCUGAGGUGGAUAUCUUCAGGCUAAUCAGGUCUUCCUAUGAGAAAUUUGGAAGUAUCCGGGCGGAUUUAAUUGAACAAAUGAGAUUCAAACAAAGACUGAAAGUCAUCCAAACCCUCGAAGAUACUACAAAGCGCAAUGUGGUACGAACUAUUGUGACAGAGACUUCUUUUACUAUUGAUGAACUGGAGGAACUAUACGCGCUUUUCAAGGCAGAACACCUGACAAGCUGCUACUGGGGAGGAAACAGCAACGCCACAGAGCGACACGACCCCAGCCUGCCUUACCUGGAGCAGUACCGCAUUGACUUUGACCAGUUCAAAGGUGCAGCGUGCCAUGGAGAUCUUACAGAGAAGCUGAAGCUGCUGUAUAAAAUGCAUGUUUUGCCUGAUCCAUCCCCUGAGCAAGAAGAACCAGACUCUGCUUUUGAAGCUACUCAAUACUUUUUUGAGGACAUCACACCAGAAUGUACACAUGUUGUUGGCCUAGACAGCAGAAACAAACAUGGAGUAGAUGAUGGGUUUGUUACAGUGAAUCUGAAAACAGAUAAAGGCAAGAAGAGCUCACAAGAGAGUCGAACUUAUAUGAGAAUGUGGAGCCAAGAGAAUAAAUCCAAAGCAAAAAACACAAAGGACUUGCCCAAGCUGAACCAGGGGCAGUUCAUUGAGCUGUGCAAGACAAUGUACAACAUGUUCAGUGAAGACCCCAAUGAGCAGGACCUGUACCAUGCUACAGCUGCUGUAACGAGCUUGCUCCUGGAGAUUGGGGAGGUUGGAAAGCUCUUCAGCGUGCAGCCCCCCAGUGACACAGACAGCAGCAACAACUACAGCAAAGCCAUUCAGAGUGAGCUGUUCCAGAAGAAAGAGCACCAUCAGUACCCCCUGGCACAGGACAAGGCGUUCCAGAACAGCCUUGUGGCCAGUGAGGAGGAGGCCACUGGCACUGACAGUGCCCUGGGAAUGCAGAUGGAAGAUAUUAAGCUGGAAGACUCUUCUCCUAGGGACAAUGGAGUCUGUUCUUCCAUGCUCAUUUCCGAUGAUGACACGAAAGAUGACAGUUCCAUGUCCUCCUACUCAGUGCUGAGCGCAGGCUCACAUGAGGAGGAGAAGCUGCACUGCGAGGACAUUGGGGAAGACACAGUUCUAGUGCGGAGCAACCACACUCCUGCCCUCCACAGGAGCACAAGCAUUGACAGGGACUGGGCCAUUACCUUUGAACAAUUUUUAGCCUCCCUUUUGACUGAGCCAGCACUGGUCAGAUACUUUGACAAGCCUGUGUCCAUGAUGGCUAGGAUUACUAAUGCUAAAAACAUCAGGAUGAGGGGUAAACCAAUAACCUCAGCCAGUGACUAUGAAAUCUCUACUAUGUCGGGAUAAAAGGCAAUCAGGUUUUUAAUUUCAUUUUUUCUUUUUAUUCUCUAUUUAUUAGUACCUGGCAGAGGCCCUGGUAUUUUCAAAACAUAGUUGUUUUCACUAAUGUGAAAAUGUUGAGGUGCAAACAUAACUAUCUUCAAGUAUAAUCACUCUUUCUGUGGGAAAUGUUACACAUGCAAAUUUUAUUCAAAAUACAGAAAAAAAAUUACGCUUGUCAGUGAAGUGUGUGUAUUAUUAAUAUUGCUGUCAGUGUAUAAUGGUAAAGAUUAGUUCUUAAUUUCUAAAUGUAAACUUAAUGCCAAUAUUGAUGUGCAUUUUAAAAAUAGACAUACAUAGAGAUCUGAUGCUUGGGGAAAAAAAAAAUAACAAAAUAGGAAGAACCUAAAAUUUAAAGGGACACUGUCAACUUGAAAAGGGCCUCAGGUAAAAAUAAGUUCCAGGCAACAUCCUUGAAGCAUCAUUUUAUUUCAUAUUUUUUUUCCAAAGACGCUUUGAACAUAUGAUUUGAUUUUACCUUUCUGAAUAUAUGAAAGACCACUUCAGUGAUGCCUGCCUGGCUCCUGACUUCCUCUGCCUGAGACUGGUAUGCUCAAGUGAAAGUGAAAAGUCCAUCCCAACCUAGCUGCCACAUUAGCAAAUGUGGAUACAUGUGAUGGUUUCUGCCCAUUUGCCUUUCCCUGAGUUCAGCAGAAAGAAAGCCCUUUCCCAGCUGCAGCCAUCAAAGGAAGAUCUCCAGCAUUACCCUGCCCAGGGCUGUGUUCCUAACCAGUGGACUUGGAAGCUUUGCUGGUGUUCUCCAAAGACAGUGUGUGCAGGUCCCAGAACAGAUUGGUAGAGUCUCUUUUCAAAAUUUGAAGUCUGUUUUUAAAAGCUUAGGAAAAAAAAAAAGUAUAUAUAUAUAUCUACUUCUGAGGCUGGAUCUACAGCAAAUAUAGCUUAGUUCUCAAAACUAACCGUUACCACCAACCUAUUAUAUGCUUGUUAGAUUAAAAAAAUAAAAGCCUGUAUUGCAUAAGUCUUUAUUUACUGCAGUGUAAAGCAGCAGUAAUGAAAAAAAUCUGCAAGAUAAUGUAACUGAAUGUUUAAAUCAUACUGAGAACACUGUCACUUUAUAUGAAAUGACUAGUAUCCUGUAUUGACUAACUGAAUAAUACGUUAAAAUGGAAACUGGAGCACCUGCACUUUGAAUCCUUGCUUUUUUUUAUACAGAUAUUUAGGAUUUUUUUAAAAAUUUUGUUAGCUGUUUUUUAAUUCAUAUUUGUUUGUUUCAGGACCAUGCCUACAUGCCUAAUCUUUAUUUGCUGUUUUGAGAAUAUUUUCUGUAGAAUACCAUUGAUUUUUUUAUACUCCUGGAUAAUACUGCAUCCAUGUAACUUGCAGAUUUUUUUAGCACAAGCUAUGUUGGAUUCUUUUUUUUUUAAAAGAAUGCUUUUAAACUGUCAGAUGAAGUGGUUUUUAACCACAAAUAGGUAAUGUGAACAAAUAAAGUACACUCUGCACAGAUUUUGAUUUUUAACUAUUAAAGUCAUGCUAGAGGGAAAAUGA